AUGAUUAUUAGGCAACUAAAACUUUUCAAUACAUUUAUCAGGCCGAUUUAAUUUCGAUUUAUCUUUUAAUAAAAGAAUAAAUUUUUUUAGAUGUCAGUUUAAUAAGACUAAGUAGAAAAGUCAAAGAAAUAAUAGCAAAGAGAAAAAAAGGAAGCAGAAAAAGCUUAAAAGAAAUUAGAGCAUCAAUAAGGUAUUAAUAGAUUGAAUUAAACGAAGGAUAAUAAUAAUAGCAAUAAUAAUAAUAGUAAGUAUAAGAAGAAGAUAAUUGUGUUGGAAAGUAUGGAGACUUACAAAUGAUUCAAUCUUAGGAGAGAACAAAUCGAAAAUGGAUAAAAGUUGGAGAUGUUGAUUAAACUAUGGUUGGUUAAGUAAUUUUAGUAAGAGCAAGAAUUCAUAAUUCAAGAGUGAAAGGAAAGUUAGCCUUUUUAGUUUUAAGAGAUAAUUAUAAUACAAUUUAAGUAGUGGCUGAAAAAGGUGAAUUUGCUAGUACUUUAAUGUUGAAGUAUAUCUCAGGAAUUCCACUUGAAUCAGUAGUUGAUAUUGAAGCACUUGUCAAAUAACCUCAUAAAGAGAUUUUAUCUUGUACUUAAAAAGUAGAAUUAGAAGUGAGAACAAUUAAAGUUGUAAGUAGAUCUUAACCUAUGUUACCAUUCUAAAUUGAAGAUGCUUCUAGAAGAAUCACUGAUUUUGAAGAUGGUGUAUAGGAUAUCAAAUAAGAGGAAGUUUAACAAAAAUAAGAAAUAUAAUAAAAAUAAGAUAAAAAUGAAAAAUAAGAAAAAUAAUAAAUAUAAGUUAUGUUAAAAACUAGAUUAGAUAAUAGAGUUAUUGAUCUUAGAACUCCUGCUAAAUAAGCUAUUUUUAGAGUUUAAUCAGGUAUUGGAUUAUUGUUUAGAGAAUUUUUGGUUGAAAAUGGAUUUAUUGAAAUUCAUACACCUAAAUUAAUUGGAGGAACAUCAGAAGGUGGUACUAAUGUAUUUAAAUUGAAAUAUUUCAAUUAAGAUGCUUGUUUAGCUUAAUCUCCAUAAUUAUACAAAUAAAUGUGUUUGAUGGCUGAUUAUGACAGAGUUUUUGAAGUUGCUCCUGUUUUUAGAGCUGAAAAUUCUAAUACACAUAGACAUCAAUGUGAAUUCAUUAGUAUGGAUAUUGAAAUGGUUAUUAAGGAACACUUUACUGAACUUUUAGAUUUAAUGGGUGAUUUGUGUAUAUAUAUGUUUAAAGGAAUUGAAAAAAGAUAUUAAAAAGAAAUUGAAAUAAUUUCUUAAUAAUUCCCAUUUGAACCAUUCAAAAUACCUGAACCUGUUUUAAAACUUACUUUUGAAGAAGGAGUAAAAAUGUUACAUGAAGCAGGAGUCAAUCAAGAUCCUAAUGAUGAUUUAGACACUACUAAUGAAAAAACAUUAGGAAAAUUAGUAAGAGAGAAAUAUGGAACUGAUUUUUAUAUUCUUCAUAGGUAUCCUAAGAAAGCAAGACCAUUUUAUACAAUGCCUUGUCAUGAUGAUCCUAAUUAUACUUUAUCUUAUGAUUUUUUUAUGAGAGGAGAAGAAAUUGUAUCAGGAGCAUAGAGAGUUCAUGAUCCAGAACUUUUAAUAAAACAAAUUAAAGAGAAAGGUAUUGCUGUUGAACCAUUGAUGGAUUAUAUAAAUUCAUUUAGGUAUUUAUGAAAUAUUAAUAUAUUUAGAUAUGGUGCGUAUCCACAUGGAGGUUGUGCUUUUGGAUUAGAAAGAGUUGCAUUCUUAUAUUUUAAUCUAAAGAAUAUUAGAAAUGCUUGUAUGUUUCCAAGAGAUCCUGUAAGAUUGUUCCCUUGAUAUAAUAAUACAAAAAAU